UCGAGAAACCCGGACCUGUGAAAAGGGUCUCUUGUGCGGAACGCUUCUCAAAAUCUAUGUUUCCGCCCGUGCGUAUUUGACAAACGCAACGCGGAAAUUACGCAGUUGAAAAGCGUUUGUUUUAAGCGGCGCAAGAGGAACGUGUGUAGCGUGCGAGAUUGUUUUGGCCUCUCGUCCUUCACCAUGAUCAUCCCUGUUCGCUGCUUCACUUGUGGGAAAAUUGUUGGGAACAAAUGGGAGGCGUAUUUAGGUCUUCUUCAAGCAGAGUAUACAGAGGGUGAUGCUCUCGAUGCUCUGGGUUUGAAGAGAUACUGCUGUCGCCGGAUGCUUCUGGCCCACGUGGAUCUUAUCGAGAAGUUGUUGAAUUACGCACCGCUGGAGAAAUGAGGAGCUUUCUGUGCAACUGAAGAUGAAAAUCACGCUCGGCCUCUCAUAUUUUCAAAGACUUGAUCCUAAUGAAAGACAUGCAGGUGUGGGCUUCAACACAAACACGGCUGUGUCUUUAGACCACAUCUGAAGAAGCUUAUGAUGACGACUGUUUAUUUGCAUUUUGUUUAUUUGCAUUUUGUUAAAUAAAGAUUGAAAUGUA